AUGCACCGAAACAAUGUUGGUGGUUAAUUUCCCAGGUUUUUAUGUGGCUUUCCGAUAAAUCUGUCUGUGCGGACAAUCGUGGCGGGGAGAAACAACCAGAUCCCGAAGUUGUAUUUUACCAUUCUAGCCCUCUGUUCCUUAAUUCUCAUUGUCAUGGUCAUCUCCAUCCUCUCUUCUCGAUACGACACGGCACGACACCCAUUCGAAUCCAUGCAACCCAAUAUAUAAACAAAACACCAAUCCACAAAUUACUAUUUAGAAGAUUAAACCAAAAAGAAAAACAACACAGAGAUCAAAGAGAGAAGCAUUUCUUGUCCCGUGUCUGGUUGAUUUCUCUGCCUUCCUCCGAUCCCUGCCGUCCAUUUCUCCGUCCUGGAUUCCCUCCUCCUUAUGAAGUUCUUUGGUGAUCUCUCCCUCUCCCUCUUCUUCUUCAUCGUACUCUGUUCCUCUCUUUCCUUGAUCUCAUGGAUAGUGAACUGUGGUGAAUUUGUUGGGAAACACAUACAGAAUCAUUUUGAUGGGGAAUGGUGACGAUGGGCGAUGCUGUUUCCCUCUCACAAGUUUGCAAAUCGGAGAUUUGAAGUCUUAUCUUUCAGAUCUUAGCCUUUUUCUGGCUUGUGAAAGUAAGAAAUCGUAUAUCCUGGUGGACAAUCAGCCAUGGUUGAGAGACCCUGGCUCAAGACGAGCUCAGCUAUGGCAAUUGAUGGUUACCAAGUCAAGGUUAUCUCCUUUUGCCAACACUGCACGGAGGGGCAGAAAGGAAGAAAAGGAUUCUUGUUGUAGACCAAACACUAGUAAAUCAGACAAGCUCAAGAAAUGGUUCUCGUUGAUUGAUGCGGUAACGUUGUCACAUAAGAGGGUUCUGCUACCUGUUAAAAAACUUCGUGAGUCUUCUCUUGUUAGCAGCGAGUUGCAUAGGACACUGUAUGGCUUUAUUGUAUUUGAAGUUUCAUGGAACAAUGUCCGAGGCAUCAACUACUUGAAUGAGCUUCAGACCGAUACAUGUCUGGCUAUAGAGGCCAAAGUUAUGCAAAGAUGGGAAUUUGAUACUAUAGCUCAAGCUGCAAGCUCUAUAUCUUCAUGGUUCUUGGGAACACUUGCUGAACAGCUACUCUUGAAAAAAUGUCUGGAUUCUGCCUUAGGAGAAGUAUUCUUUGAUGCUGAAGAAAAUUUCUCCAAGGCUAUCCCUAUUAGUGAUGAUGAUGAAAAUGUCAGCAAUGCUGAUCUGUAUGUUGAGGAUAAUUGUUUCCACCGCCUUGGUGGCAAUUAUAGUCCAUAUUUCGCUACUGAUCAAAACAGAAGUGUGCUACACACGCCACCUCCACUCAGUGAGCCUUAUAAGAGAAAAGAAGUAAUGAAGUCCAUUAGGACAGGAGUUGAAGUUGAUACUUAUUCUGAGAAAAUACAAGAUCAAGUUGACGACUCGUCAGAAAACUCCAAAACCUUUUCCUGUGAUUACAAAGAUGCAGUUGAAGCGCCUACACAGUACAUGGAUGUCUUGAUUUUGUUUAGGUUCAUUGACCGUGAUCUCCCUUUUAAAUUAGAGCAAAUAAUAAUGUCUGAUUUGCGGUUACUUACCUUGUUAGAGGCUGGGCUUCCAUCUUGGGUCAUCUUCCUUCAGUCAUACCCAGGGUUUUGCCAUCUUUAUCGCCCAUGGAUGUGCCCUUUGGCAAGAGUUUUGUAUGUUCUCAUCUCAGUUGUCACUGUUCUCAUAGGAUUUUAUGAUUUAUACAAAAAUGUCCCAGUUCUCAAGGCAACCGCUUUUCGAUUGUGCGGGCCUCUGUUGGACUGGAUAGAGACUUGGGAGAUGGUGUCAAGGAUCAAGUACUUGGGAACAAUGCUAUUUCUACAUAAUUUUCAGAAGGCUUUUAAGUGGUUUCUUACAAUUACACAUGCUGCUCGAUCUUUCGUUUUAGUUUUUACCCGGCCACUGGCACAGCCUCUUCUGGGUUUCAUGGAAUUUCUUCUUCCAGUUUGGAGUGUGUUUAUGGAAGUCAUGCAGAGCUUCUGUUCAGUCAUUUGGAUCGUGAUUGGGUCUUCUAUCAAUUUAGUGGAGAAUCUGGUCGAGAUCUUACUAUUGCCAAUAUGUUUUAGCCUCUCGGUUAUCUGGAGCAUUGCAACGACCAUUUUGUAUCCGAUAUCUUGGAUCCUUUGGGAAAUGCUUUAUGCCCCAGUUCGAAUAAUCCUUACUUCAGCCAGUUUCAUGGCUUUCAUUUCUACCGGCUUGUAUCAGAUGCUAGGACAAAUGUGGCAAUUUGUUAGUAGCAUUUUCCAGCUUGCUUCAGCUUCGGAGGCAACAGUGAGCACAUAUGAAGUUUCCAUGUGGCGUUCACUUUGGAAUGAUCUAUUUUCCCAGGUCUUCCGAGCUCUAAGAAGUAUAUUAAAUGGUUUUGUUGCCUUCUUCAGCGCCUGCAACAGGCAUCGGCUUAGCAUUUAUAAUCAUAUACAGGAGUUCAUCCAAAGAUUAUUUGGUCAAGCCCAUAUAAUAGAUCACGGUGUGCAGAACACAGGCAGUACAACAUCUUCUGGGACUCUGAAUCCCCUUAGAAGAAAGGAGGAGAAUUCACAUUAACUGAAGCCCCAUCUGUAUUUUAAACAAAAAUAAUUAAAAAAAAAAAAACCAUUGAUAAACAUAACAAAAAGCUAUCUUUCAAAGAAAAUGGGGGAAGAACAAGCAUCCGCCCGGCCACUGAAAGUAAUUAUGCAUUUCCCAAGAUAAAGGUUUUGGCAUUGUAUCUAAAUAGUCAGUUUGGAGAUUGUAAAAUGGUAUGUAAGCUUGAAAAGCAUAUCAAU